AUGGAACUCGAAAAAGCGAACGAAUACCCAGGAGUAACCGGAUGCACAGAAAGCUGCGGCGGAUUGGGAUGCGACUGUUUCUAUCCCAGUUCUGGAUGCCUAUUCUACAGGAUCUAUCUGAUUCCGGAAGACGACCGAAUUUAUGAAUUCUACCGAUGUGCUAGAUGGAAACCAUCAGCAGAACUGCUAGUGACUAUGAGCGGUACAAAUUCAUCUACACAGGCACUACGGUUACGAGUUUCACCAAACCAACCAAAACAAUUUUCAUGGUGGACGUUAACCCUUUCUUCACUCGGAAUUCCACCCGUACCAGCUUUGGACAGCACCUUCAUUACGAAUGGAAAUCACACAGCCCUAGCCCCAGGGCAUUACUAUCCACCUCUCGUCUGCCGGACAUCGGAGGACGCUCGUAACAUGACAUGUGAAAUCGUGGAAGAUUGCAUUUGCGCACCAGCAGAG